AUGAUGGACUCGCACACCUCGCACACUCAGGGCGCCAUGAGUCCAGAACAAAGUUUUGCCGGCUAUCCAUAUGCCACGCGAUACACCACUCCCGUUCGCGAGGAUGACUCUUCAGUGUACGAGCCAUCUACAGUCUACUCUCAAAGAAGCGAUGCCUCAUUUACGGGGUACGCCAGUGGCCUAGGAAUAACUAGUCAUCCAUAUGGACCUUUGCCCGACGAGGUUGGCUACAAUACUCAUCUGCCAUACACCCCCGAGGCAUCGCCAACAGCGCCAUGCCAAACAAGCGAUGUCGUAACAACACGCAGUGGGCUCAACAUCGCUAAGAAGCCGCUCACAACCAGAUCAACAGCCGUGAAAAGCGGCCGAGUGCAGAAGAGAAGCCGUGCUGAUAAGACCAAGAACACAACUAGCAUCCUUUCGAAACCCCUUUCUGAAUCUGCUAAACACCUUCCUGGAAUCCACGUUGCUGACAUCGAGACCUUUGUCAACCGGUCUACCGAGACGAGACUCUCCGAAACAUCACGCAAUAAAAAACCCGGUCAGAUCAAACGCCCUAUGAACGCAUUCAUGCUUUAUCGGAAGGCAUAUCAGGAAGUUGCCAAGACGCAGUGUGCUCAAAACAACCACCAACAUGUAUCAAAAGUCUGUGGUGCAGCAUGGGUAUUGGAGCCAGUGCAAAUCAAAGAGGCAUUCGACCAGUGGGCUAGGAUCGAGCGCGUGAACCACCAGCGAGCACACCCUGGAUACAAGUUCACGCCUUCGAAGCCAAAAAAGACCAAACGUGAUGAGGAUGGAGAUGAAGAGUAUUCGGACAACGACUCAGACUGGAAUGGCGGGCGUGGGCUUUCCAACGCAGCGCGGAAGUCCAGGUAUCGGCAAGCCACACAACUGAACGAGCCUUCUUCCUCCGCCUUUGAUGCCGUUAAUAACUCGAUGGUCGAUCCAUCAACUGCACCCUACCAUGAUGUGUACGCCUAUUCCUACCAUGGUAGACCUCAUGUUCUCCCAUAUGAUCAGAUGGCGCCGAACCCAUAUGGUAUGAGUAUGCGCCAGUACAACGGCCUAGGCAUCAACAGCGAGAUGACCAGCAGAGCCGCUUCACCUGCAGAGUUGGAAUACUCGAUCCAUGGCAUGGAUGGCUUCUCCCAUGGCUACUAUGGUGCCCCCCAAUCAACUUUUGACAAUGCGCCAGCUCCUCUAUUUGGGCCAACUCCUUCGUACGACACAUAUGACGGGCUCCCUGCAGGCUCUACUCCCUUGGGACAAGAAGGUUGGAUUCCCCAUAUGGAGAACGACCAUGACAUGAUGCCUGUGGCGGCUGGCUAUGAAGAAACUACAGCACAAGACGCUUAUCUCAAAGGCAACAAAGACGAUUGGAAGGUUGAAGUGAUGGACGAACCUGGCCACUUCGAGGAUUGGUAUGCGCAGACUGAACAAGGUUUCCAGUGA